AUGAGUCGCAGCCUUGAUGAUGUGCGUCAUAUGAUGGGCGAAAUCUCAGCCUCUUUUAACCCGAAACUAGGGAGGAUGCUUUAUGGGCUGAGUCGACUUGAAUGUCGCAUUAAAGCGAAAUGGCUGCGUAACAACGGGACUCAGCCGCCGUCUUCAAGUGAUAUCGGCCUACGGAUCUCUUCAUCAUACACUUUCAUGUACGUAAAUUAUCCUUAUUUUACAUUAGUAUCCAUACAGAAUGUUGAGUCAGUCUCCGUCAAUCGGCAUCAGAAUGAGGUUGCAGUGUUGACGCUAAAAAGUGGCGGCAAUUAUCGGUCUCUGAAAGUAACCGCCCUCAACCUUAGUCCUGCCUCGAAUGAGGCCGGAACCAAAAUACGGCCAAAGGUACAUUCCGCCUUCGGUGGAAUCGCACAAUUGAGACAAAAAGCAAAGACAACUUGA